UUGGGAAGUGAAUGCUUUGAUGGAAUUCUUGAACCAACUGUAUAAUGUGCCUAUUGCUGCCACAACUGAAGAUCUGAUGGUAUGGAGUCCUACUAGUAAGGGAAAUUCUCGGUACAUUCUUUUUACGAAGUUAAUACCAUGCAACAAAGGCCCAAUUUUCCGUGGAAGAACAUAUGGAGAAGUAAAGCACCCACCAAGGCUGCAUUCUUUGUAUGGACAGCAGCAUUAUGGAAGAUUUUGACCAUUGAUAAUCUUAGAAGACAUGGCCUUAUAAUUGUGGACUGGUGCUGUUUGUGUAGAAAUAAUGGUGAAAUGGGGGAUCACAUACUCCUACAUUGUGAGUUUACUUGUGAGAUAUGGAACUACUUUUUUAGUAGAAUGGGAAUAGCAUGGGUAAUGCCAGGUUGGGUGGUGGAUCUUCUAGCAACCUGGAGAGGGAUCACUGGGACUUCACAAAUUGUAGCGGAGACAGUUGGCUACUUCUUUUGUCUAGAGGAUCGAGCUUUACUCUGCAGAAAAUGUGAUGUUGCCAUACAUACAGCGAAUGCUUAUGUGUAUGCGCACCAGAGGUUUUUGCUAACUGGGGUAAAAGUUGGUCUUGAACCUACUGAACCUGUUGCUUCCUCUUCCUCAGGGAAGUCGGUCUCUAAAGAAAAAAUCCCAGAAACUGAAGCUCACUCUUUUUCUAGAAGGGACUCGUUGCCAUUGGCUGGGCAAUACAAUGAAGUAUUACCCAACCCUGUUGGUGGAGUUGGGGACUUUGCAUCAUCAAAGGUGUUGUAUACUGGGGGCUCUAUGGCUGGAAUCAUCCCCCAAUGGCCUAUAGAUGAAUAUCUUGGACUUCCUGAAUACAAUCAGAACUAUGGCUACAUAGACAAUGGAUCAUCUAAGGCUGAUAGCGGCAAGCUUGGGGAAUCCGAUUCCCCAAUUUUAAGAGCUUUUGAGGAAGAACUGGAUGAUGAUGAGUGCUUGGGUCAGGUGCCAGAGGCCUCAUGGGCUGUGCCGCAGGUCCCUUCUCCACCUACUGCCUCAGGGCUAUACUGGCCGAAAAACUGUCAGAAUGCAUCGGAGGGUACCCUUUUUGUUCCUGAUAUAUGCCACUCACAUGUUCAGAAUCCCAUGCAUUGUCAGCAUAAUGGUACAAUCUCGAACCGGAGGAGACGACUCUAAUCCCUUGUUGCUAAGUUCCAUAACUCAGAUGUCUCAGAGUUUUGACUGCACCUGGUUUGGGCAGUGCUAAUAGAAUUGUUAGGUAUUGUCCUCCUUCAGAGCCUAGUAAGUAGUUUAAACUUUGAACUUUCUUUGUAAUUCCAACUAGAUGUUUGUUAUUUGAACUGUCACUUCCCUCUGUAAGUAGAUAUUUCUUAUUUUCCACUUGCAUUUUGGGGUUUGUGAGAUCUUGCAAUAAACGACGUGUUGGUCCUUACUAGACGAA